UGUGUCGUUUGGAGGUUGAGGCUCUGCGGAUUGCUGCACGGGAUGAAGUCGAGGACGACGUCGACGUCGAGGCUGCACGAUGAUGCUCCGAGUCACGGGAUCCCGCUUAGACUGGACCCCGGCCCAGGCCCGGGGUCCUCCUCGCUUGCCUUCCGUCGGUCCCUCAGACGUUAGAACAACACCAGCUCGAGACCAGCACUUCUUGGGAUGCGUUAGUCCUGGCCGUCGGGCGUUCAUUCCUUCAGCACGUCAGCUCACCGAUAUCGAGAUAGCGAUGUUCAUGUCCUUUGCCGCUCAACAUCACCCCUGUCCGUGGCUGUGGAGCGGACCUCACGGCCGGGACUGCAACUGGGCUGUCAAACGUUGUGCCACUUCGAUUCACGACAACCAAGUCCCGACUCUAGAGAUUUGCAUUUAUUCAUUUGUUUGUUUGUUUGUUUGUUUAUCUAUCUAUCUAUUUUGGCGGAGAGCCUGAUCAGAAACCUUGCUUGAAACAAUCUGAAGUUCAACUCUGCGCCAUGGUCCCAUCCGCCCUGUUUUUGAAGGAUCCAAAAGUAAUAUAGGGGCCCAUGACCCUGCCCGCUCGCAUCCUCUCCCCGAUACGCCAGGAAAAUGAA